UAUCGUUAGCACUAGCAUUCCAUGGUUUACAUAAAAAAUCACUAACGAAGUCUGGCGCAUUAUGUGCUUUAUUAGUAGGUUUUAUCACUCUGUCAAAUGAUUGGUCUACGUUUACAGUGGUAUUGUUCGUAUUUUAUUUUACUGGAUCUGGGUUAACUAAGUAUAAAGCGGAAAGAAAAAAACAACUCGAGGAAGAUUAUCAGGAUGGUGGCCAAAGGACUGCUAUGCAAGUUGUAUGUAACGCUCUUACGGGAACAAUUAUUUGCAUAAUUCAUCAACAUUACUAUGGUGGACAAUUAAAAUGCUUACUAGAUGAUCCUCAUAACCUUAAUAUCCAUCAUGUCGAUAGACAUUAUUCGACUUGUAACGGAGAUACGGUAAAAAUCUCUCAGAAUUUCAGGACUAUCCCGCAUAAUUCUACGG